CUCUUGACAAAACUCCAAGAACAUGUCUAGAGGCUUUCUAGGGAUAAUAAUAUAUAGUUUCAACAUGAAAUCAUGGCUUCCCUCAAAGUUCACAGCCACCUUCCCAACAUUGAUGAUGAUCAUGGUGCUUUUGCUGUUAGUACUACUCUUCUCCAAUCUUUGUUUCCCUGCUUUCAACAUGGCAACAGCUUCAAAUAUUGAAUCCGAAGGGAGAGCUCUUCUUCAAUGGAAGGCCACACUCAAAUCACAAGACCUGCUUCACAACUGGACAUCAACAGAAAGUCCAUGCAACUGGACUGGAAUCUCUUGCAGAUAUGCUGGCCAUCUCAUGCCAACCAUCACCAAGGUCCAACUGGGAGAGUUGGGACUAGAAGGGAAGCUGGAGACUCUCAACUUCUCUGCUUUCCCAUCACUCAGAGUUCUCGACCUCAGUGACAACCAUCUGCAUGGAUACAUCCCUGAAGCCAUUUCAGCUCUCUCCAAGCUCAUCAUCCUUGAUCUCUCUAACAACAAUCUCACAGGCGUCAUCCCAUCAGAACUUGGCAAUUUGACAAAGCUCAAGACCUUGUGGCUCUUUGAGAAUCAGAUAAGUGGCUCCAUACCUCCUUCUUUUGGACAGCUUAAAAACCUAAAUUUGUUAAACAUCGCUAGUAAUGUCAUAGUUGGUUCCAUCCCUCCAAUGCUUGGAAACUUGACUAAACUCAAUGCUUUAAUCUUAGCAAGAAAUAACCUCACUGGGUCCAUCCCUCGUGAGAUUGGAUAUAUGGUGAAACUCAAGGAUUUUAAUAUUGCAAAUAACAAUAUAAUAGGUUCCAUUCCUGCAAGCAUAGGAAAUCUAAUUGAACUCAACUAUUUAGGCUUUGAUGGGAAUCAAUUACAUGGAUUCAUACCAUACCAUAUAGGAAAUAUGACUGAACUUAAAGGACUUUACAUCUUCAACAAUUACAUAACUGGUCCCAUCCCACAUAGCAUUGGAAAUCUGACAAAGCUUGAAGAUUUAUACCUAGGUGCAAAUAACAUAAAUGACUCCCUUCCUGGUGAAAUUGGGAAUCUAGUGAAUGUGAGAACUUUUGACAUAUCUGAAAACCAAAUAAUUGAUUCCAUUCCGCGUAGUAUUGGAAAUCUAACGAAGCUUCAAUUUUUUUAUCUAUAUAAUAAUAACAUAAAUGGCUCCAUUCCUAGUGAGAUUGGAAAUAUGACAAACUUGAUAGUUUUUCAAAUAUCUCACAACAAAAUUAGUGGUUCUAUCCCAUAUGAACUUGGAAACUUAACAAAACUUGAAACGCUCUACCUAUUUAGCAAUAACAUAAGUGGAUCCAUUCCUACCGAGAUUGGAAAUUUAGUCCGUCUGAAAAAUUUUGCAAUAUAUGAUAAUCAAAUAACUGGAUCAAUCCCUCCAUCUCUUGGAAGUUUGAAAGGUCUUAUAAAAUUGAUUUUGUUUGACAACUAUCUUUAUGGUAAAGUGCCUGAUGAAUUUGAGAACCUCACAAAUUUAAUCAACCUUCAAUUGUUUAACAACUACCUUUCUGGUGAUCUACCACCAGGUCUGGCCAAAGGAGGUUUGCUUCAGUAUCUUAUUUUGGGAUACAAUAAGUUCCAAGGUCCCAUUCCGAUCAGUUUAAAAAAUUCAACAAACUUAGUAAGGGUCCGGCUUGAUAACAACCAAUUCACCGGAGAUGUUUCUCAAAGCUUUGGAGUUCAUCCAUAUUUGGUUUAUAUUGAUCUAAGCUUUAACAGAUUGUCUGGCACUUUAUCACCGUUUUGGGGAGCAUGCCUCAACUUGACAAGCUUUAAAAUAUCAAGCAAUAGAAUCAGCGGACAAAUACCACGGGAAAUCGUUCAAUUGCCAAUGUUACAUAUGCUUGACAUCUCUUCCAACAAUUUUGUUGGAAAAAUUCCAAGGGAGUUGGGUAGGUCAUCUUAUAUGUUUCACUUGAACAUAAGCAAUAAUCACCUCACAGGAGCCAUACCACCAGAAUUUGGGGAUCUAUUUUCAUUAGAAGUUCUAGAUUUGUCAAGCAAUAAUUUGAUUGGAGAAAUACCAAUACGGUUGGAGAAUUGCAUUAAAUUGAGCACACUCAAGUUGAGCAAUAAUCUACUAAAUGGCACCAUCCCAUCACAAUUUGGUAAUUUAAACUUGCAUGAUGAUCUAGACUUAAGUGACAAUUUAUUCAUGGGAGAAAUACCACCACAACUUAGCAAGCUAACGGAGUUGCAAGAGUUGAAUCUAUCACACAAUAAGUUAGUUGGUGACAUUCCUUCUUCUUUUCAGUCAAUGACAAGCUUAACAUUAUUGGAUUUAUCUUAUAAUUCUCUGGAAGGUCCGGUCCCAAAGAACCAUUUCUUUCAAACAGCUCCCAUUAAGUGGUUUAUCCACAAUAAGGGCUUAUGUGGGCAAGUGCAAGGUUUGCCACUAUGUGCUCAAUCCCAGUCAACAAGUAGAGAUGAUGCAAAGAAACAACAUAAAGUCAUUAUCUUGAUUAUUGUUUUGGUACUUGGCACUUUACUUACCAUAUUUCUAAUAAGUGGAAUAUUCACAUUGCGUUGUUUUAAGAGAAAGAGAUCCAUUGUAAUUGACACAAGGGAGGAAUUUGAUGGCCAUUUCUUCUCUGUUUGGAGAGUCAAUCAAGGAAAGGAAGCAUACAAAGAGAUCAUUAGAGUGAUGAGACUUCAAAGUGAAAAGUAUCGGAUCGGUACCGGAGCAUCUAGCAUAGUAUACAAAGCAUCACUAUCACUGGAUUGA